AAAUAGUACUAAUAAUAUUAAUUAAUUAAUUUCACAGCGGCUUUGGUUUUUCUAUUUUAUAAUCCAAAGCCGAAAUCUGUAUUUCUGUUUCUCUUCCCCAUUGUUUCUCUCUCUUUUCCCCUCUAAUUUUGUCACCGGUAAAUUGCGUCAGCGAUCGCCGGUGAAUUACCGCCAAAAGAAUCGCCUUUUGCCUACUGCGACGGAUCGUUUUUCGCCAAAGAUAUUAUCUGGCUUGAAAAACUGAAAGCUUUUUGUAUAUUAUUAUUAUUCAUUUUGGUUUGUUCUGGGAAUUUUUCGCCAGAGAUCUGGUGGAUGAGAUAGAUUUAGGUUAUAUUCUUUUUUUAACGGAUUCUUUUUUAGUUUGUGAUGAAUUUGAGGAAAAGAAUAGGAAUUUAGUGUUUUGCCUCGCUCUUCAUGGAAGAGCGAAUGAGAUCUCGUGAGCAUUCGGGGAUUAUAGUGAAGAAUAGGAGCCAGUGUUUGAUUGUGAAGAAGAAAGGGGAUGGUUCGGGUGGGGCCGGGUCUAUUGGGACCCGAAAGAUUUACGAGUCCAAAAAACAGAAGAAGAGGCCUAGGAUGAUUAUGAGUGAUUCGGGUUCUAGUGAUGAGCUAGUGAUGCCACCUCGAAGGAGGGUUGGGCCCGAAACAAUUCAAGUUUGUAAUGGUUUAGCUGUUUAUGAAGAAAGUGAAAUUGGUAGGAAGAGAAAUAGGGAGGAGAGGAUAAGGCAGAGUGAGGAAGGUUUCAUUGGUAGGAAUGGGGAGGAUUUGAGUGAGAAUAAGAGGAAUAGGUUAGAUGUGUAUGACUUUAAUGAGUAUGAUGGACUCGAUCAGGAGAUGAUUAUGAGGAGGCGCCGAUUUGAUUACGAUGGAGAAGAGGUUGGCAGGAGGAGAUUGCUGGGUUCAAUGCCUGCAGUUGCUCGGAGUAGUAUUGAGAGAGAAUAUGAGAGUGGCCCAAGAAGGCAUGUUUUCCUUGAAAAGAAGAAGAAGAAAAUUUUGUAUUUUGGUAAGAAUGAUGGGAUGAGUCAGGGUGAUCAUGAUGAUAAGGACAGGUUUAGGAAGGAUAGGGAUGGUGUUUGGCUGCAGUACUCCUUGUUAAGGGAGAGGUUUAUGGCUGGUUUGGAUAAACCCAUCAGGGUUCAGGGCAAAAGUGGUGUUUUGAAGGUCAUGGUCAACAAGAAAAGGGUGAUUGAGCCUUUGAAAAGUUUUGAUGACUUGGAAGUUGAACAAGACAGGAGUGGUUCAAGGAUUGAUGAUAGAAUUAGGAGUAACUUGCAUGUCUGUCCAUCCUUGUACUCUGAGACGGAAGUUCUUGAGCAACCUGUUUCACUUGGUAGGAAAGAGAAAAAGAAAAUGAAUUUGCUAAAGACACCGACAACUAAGAAAAAUAAGGCCUCUGACUGGGAUUCAGAGGAUAGUGAUACUUCUCUGAAGCUUCAGCCAAAGAAUAUGGAAGCUUCUAACUCAACAAAGAGGGUAAUUAGCAAAGAGGAAACUCAAGCUGAGCAGCUUCUACCUACCAAAAUCAAAGAAGGAAAAGUUAGGCGAGGAUGUGGCACAGAAAAACAGAAAUUACGUGAACAAAUAAGGGGGAUGCUUCAGGAAGCAGGCUGGACAAUAGAUUAUAGACCAAGGAGGAACAGGGACUACUUGGAUGCAGUGUACAUCAACCCUGCUGGAACUGCUUACUGGUCCAUCAUCAAAGCAUAUGAUGCACUCCUAAAGCAGCUAGAUGAGGAAGAGGAAGGCAAACCUGUUGGGGAUGGUUUGGCAUUUGCCCCAUUUUCAGAUGAAGUUCUCAGCCAAUUAACAAGGAAAACCCGAAAGAAGAUGGAAAUGGAGAUGAAAACGAAGCAAAGAGAUGACCAUAACAGUGAGAAUGCACAAGAAGCUGUUGCUCGGAAAUCUUCAAGUACCAGGCAUGAAGAUGAGAGUAUGGAUAGCUUGAGUUAUGAAGAGAAACUAAGUUCCUUCAUUAAACAUGGUAAGUCAUUCAAAUGUUGGAUGAAUAACAAUGGUCCCUUAAGUGCAAAUGUAAAAGGUCAAAGUUCUCUCCAUGGGCAUGAUAGCUACGAAAAACCAUCCUCUAUAUCCAAUUAUCAUCUUGUUCAUGGAAGAAAAAGUAGAAAACUUGGCAGAUGCACUUUGUUGGUUCGUGGUUCUAAUGUGGGUCUGAGUUCAGAGGGUGAUGACUUUGUUACAUAUUCUGGGAAAAGAACACUGCUUUCCUGGCUGAUUGACUCUGGAGCAGUGCAGUUGAGCCAAAAGGUGCUGUAUAUGAACCUUAGGAGAACAAAAGUCAUGCUAGAGGGCUGGAUCACAAGGGAUGGUAUCCAUUGUGGUUGUUGUAGUAAAAUCCUCACAGUUUCAAAAUUUGAGAUUCAUGCUGGAAGCAAAUUGCGCCAGCCAUUUCAGAAUAUAUAUUUGGACUCUGGUGUUUCUCUCCUUCAGUCCCAAAUAGAUGCAUGGAACAGACAAGAGGAUUCUGAGCAGAUUGGUUUCCAUUAUGUAGAUGUUGAUGGUGAUGACCCCAAUGAUGAUACUUGUGGCAUUUGCGGAGAUGGUGGGGAUCUGAUCUGUUGCGACAGUUGUGCCUCAACAUUUCAUCAGAGCUGCCAAAAUAUAGAGUUUCUGCCAAUGGGUGAUUGGCACUGUCCAAAUUGCAUAUGCAAAUUUUGUGGCAAUGGCAGUGACAUUGCUCAAGAGGAUGAUAUAACUGAUCAUGUGCUUCACACUUGCAGCCUGUGCGAGAAAAAAUACCACAAACCAUGCAUUAAAGUGACAGAUGAGGUUCAUAUUGACUCCGACAGUUUACUUCUUCCUUUUUGUGGGAAUACAUGCCAAGAGCUCUUUGAGCAUUUACAGAAGUAUCUAGUGGUCAAACAUGAACUAGAAGCAGGGUUUUCAUGGUCUCUUGUUCGAAGAACAGAUGCAUACUCAGACACAAUUGCCAUAGGGCUUCCGCAGAGGGUUGAAUGUAAUUCUAAACUAGCUGUUGCAGUGACUGUGAUGGAUGUUUUUUUGCCCAUUGUUGACAGGAGGAGUAGGAUCAACUUAAUAAAUAAUGUACUUUAUAAUUGUGGGUCAAACUUUAACCGACUGAAUUAUAGUGGCUUCCACACUGCUAUUCUGGAGAGAGGCGAUGAAAUAAUUUCUGCAGCAUCUAUCAGGUUCCAUGGAACUCAUGCAGAGAUGCCAUUCAUUGGCACUCGCCAUGUAUACACGCGGCAGGGAAUGUGCCGUCGGCUUUUCUGUGCUAUUGAGUCGGCUCUCUGCUCUCUCGAGGUUGAGAAAUUAGUCAUCCCUGCAAUUGCUGAACUUACACAUACAUGGACCGCAGUUUUUGGUUUCACUCCUCUAGAGGAAUCACUUAAGCAAGAAAUGAGGUCCAUGAAUAUGCUGGUCUUCCCUGAUAUAGAUAUGCUGCAGAAGCUACUGCUGGAACAAGAAAACACAAAGGCAAACUUGACUGCUGUCACAGGUGCAAAGCAAACUGAAUCAGGAUCUAAUGAACAUAUCACACCUGAGGUGGCUAACAAAUCUAAACCUGGUUCCCUCUCUGGGCAUGAUACUCAAGAGUGUGAUGAUGGUGGUUUGCAUCAUACUAGUCGCAUAAAUGGGGAAAUUGCUGCUGCAGAUUCAGGUUCCCAAUGUCCAAAUGUUUCUAUCAAUGAUUCUUGUGGAAAUAGUGGUUCCUUGGAUGUUUCCCUGGAACCUAAUAUUUCUGUCUCAGUUGAGGAAACUACGCAUACUAAUUAUCAAACAGGGGACGAGGAAUGAAUCUGCGUCAGAUAGUAAAUGUGUUGUAAACCCUAGCUCAAGCCAUGAUACACUUGAGGUAGAGAAUAAGGCAGGACUGGAUUCUCCUGCUGAAGAUAAUACUCGGUCUUGUACAGAGGGUACGGAUGAUACUUGCGCAGUAGGUGUUAUUGAUUCCAAACUUCUGAUCUCUGAUGAUUGGACUGAUUCACAGUCAGGGGACAGGGCAGCUGAAUCUGCUUCUGACAGCAAAAUCUUGCUACCUCCUCUAUGGACUAUAGUGCAGUAGACAAGAGAAUCAGUCCUCUGAAAAAUACUCAGUCAUCUGAAAAGGGUGAUUUGGAUGUUGCCCAUGCAGGUGACAAUGUUGCUGCUGCAUCUGAUGUCAUAACUGAGCUCACAGUUUAAGAGACUAUUUGUUCCAAUUCACAGUCAGGGGACAAGCUAGGUGAAUUUCCUGUUGGAAAAUCUUUUCUUGUUUCUGAUGAAAGUCAUGAGACUCCAGAGAUGGAAUAGAAAAUAGCGUUAGAUUCUCCUGAUGAAGAUAAAGGAAGUGGUACGAGUAAUGUUCAUGCAAUUGCUAACGUACCUGUUUCUGAUAAC